AUGGAGAACGGAGACGCAAAUAUUGUUAGGUUGGCGGCUCGCGCUCCACAGAUCGUGGGAAGAAUGGACACAAUAAUGAACAUUGCUGUUCCAGACCGCGUUAUAGAGGCGCGAGCGGCGACCACAACUUCAUCCUCUACGGAUUCGACAAGCAGUUGCGGCUCCAGCGCCUGCGAGCAACCCGUCAGCUCGUCGACUUUUACCCUGCCCAUUGUCCUCGGUGUUGCCAUCCCUGUUAUCGGCGCCGCCAUCCUGUUCUUCAUCCUACAGCGUCGACAUGUACGCAAGCAAAGAGAGGAGGAUGCAAAUGAUCGCCAUGCAUCUAUGGACUUUGGCUUGGGAGAUGUGCCACAACCUGGCAGACAGAAGAGAGCGCCAUCUGCACUAGGGAAUGAGAAGGAGUACGGAGAGAGGCCUGGUAUGAGCCGGCGUCAGGUGUCUAUGGAUAUGGCCAUGAACAGUCCAUAUCUUCUCCCACCGGAGCUUCACAACUCGCGCGAGUCUAUCCAUUCUCUAUCGAGAUCGUUGGCACAACAUGAAGAUCCGUACCAUCCAGUUACUCAGUAUUACCCAGGAGACGGCGCAUCUAUCCGGUCACAAUCAAAACAAGGUUCCUCCAUUUAUACUGGCUCGAGCCAUGCGCCCUCGAGAAUGCAAGACAUGAGCACAUCAGACCUUGUCGGCAAUGCUGGAAGCAUGGCACGCAGCAGCCCACCAGCAGUCUUUGUUCCUCCACGUCGUCAGAACUCGUUGCCGCCAAAAACCAUGAGCCCUGUCGAAUCUCUCUCUGACCCGGUACCGCCGUAUCCCGCCGAACCACCCAAAGCAUAUAUGCCCGAUGUCCUCCCUUUGCCAGCUCUGCCAAGAAAGGGCUUGCCAAACUCACCACGUCCGGGGCAGAGUCCAACGAAUCUUGCCCCAACCUUACCAAACAUGGAUGAGAACCGCGAGUCAACUGGCGAUAUGUCAGCCAUCAGAAAUAGCAACAACUAUUUGGGAAGCUUUAUCAACUCAGGCGCGCCUUCGCUAACUCCUCCGUCUCCACGCAAAGAUCGUGAGCUCCCAACACUCCCAGCAGCAGAGCAGGAACCAACUCUCCCUACGCUCCCAGCAGUUGAGCAGCAACCAAUCAAGCGCAAAUCGCCGCCCCCAAGCAUGAAUAGCUUGCCUUCAAACCCUCGACCGGUACGAAAGGAAUCAGUCCCUACAGUUCAACCUCAGACUUUUAUGGAUGAUGAGAGCGAUUAUGGCGAUGGUGUCAGAAUUACCCCCCCAUCGCCCGGGCGUGAAAAUGCAGAGCAAAUUCGGGGGCAACGUUAUUCUAUGGAUGUUCCGCCCGAGGAGUUCGCACAAGCUGGAUUGGGUGCUCCUGGAUUCGACCCGAAGCGACUUUCAAUGGGAUUCCGCCCGCUGCCACCUAACAACCUGAUGGAGACUGAUGAUCCUGAGAUCAGAGCCAAUCGAAUUCGGUCAUUCUACAAAGAAUACUUUGACGAGAACAAACCAGCUCCGGCAGGACAGUAUUAUGAAGAUUAUGACGAGAACUACAACGGAUAUGAAGAGACCUCAUAUCAUGAUCCGGACUCUAAUCAGUUUGUCAUGCCAUUUGCUGAACCCGUUACCCGUCGUGCUAUGACGCCUCCUCCACGUGCUCCAAGAUUUCAAGGACCUUCUCGACCUAGACAAGGUUCAAUGGGCGCGAUGAGCACUGGCGGAAUGCGUGGCCCUCAAAUGUAUCCUCCAGGGCCAUAUCCCCAAGGUCCAAGAGCAUACUCUUCUGCAUCUGGACGUAUGGGACCGGGAGCAUACAACAACGGCCCAAAACGCCCAAUGCCUCCUCCAGCUGCACUCAGUAGCUUGCCAACCCCAUCCAAACUGAGAGACGACUCUUUUGCUCUGAUGGGAGCUAUCGACUUUGCACCACCGCAGUCCUAUAGAGAUAGGGCAGCUGGUCGGUCGGAGAGCCCGUUGGGCGAGAGACGCCCGUAUUCACCAGCAGUACCUUCAUUUGCUCCAAUUGCCAGUGCAUUUGAAGAACUUGCACCAAUUCCUAGCCCACACUUGCUCCGGAAGUCUGGAACGUUCACUUCGCUCGACUUCGCACCUCCCAAGAAAUUCAGGGAUCCCGAUAGCAUGAGCGACGCCGGUAGCAUUCGAAGCAACCAAAGUGGAAUUUCCACGAGGCAAUUAGGGGCUAUCCGUAACGGAGCAUACCGUGUCAGCCGAAUCCCAGGGGACGUAGUCUUCACAAGAGACGAUCUAGCAACGCAGCUCAAGCCUCAAUGGGGCAUGCGCCCCCACAACAGCUAG